AUGCAUUUUCCCCUCACGUCAUUGUUGCUUGCUAUGCAGAUGAUAGGCGCAGAAGCAUGGAAAUGUGGAAUUGGUCCUGUUAGCAGCGCACUGUCAUACAUAAUCGCACUGCCAUCCGACGUAAUGGGAGUUGACAGAUGUUGCAUAGAGCACGAUGCUCUAAUCGAUGGCCUUCAUCUAGACAGGCAAGAAGCAGACAGAAUUUUCUGCCAGUGCCUUUCUAGUAGCAAUAGUUGGUGGGUAUUUCAAUAG